UGUAGCAUUACUGUUGGAAAAUGAACAAGUAGAAGCGCUUGGCCCCAGAGAUGCCGAAGGGCGUAACCCUCUUCACAUGGCUGCCCGGCAUGGAAACAUUGAGGUGGCUGGUAUCCUUCUUGCCAGGAAUCCUAAUCUCCACUAUCUUCCCAACAACAAUGGCUGGUUCCCCAUCCAUUAUGCGGCUACGAAUCAUCGCAAAAGCAAGGACGUCUUUCUCUAUUUCUAUCGUCUCACUAGGGAUGGUCAACACGGGCAGCCUAAUCCAUAUCAAGGCCCAACUGGUGUCUCUUUGCUUGCUGAAUUAAUCGAAUAUAAAUUCUAUGAUUUGGCUCUGCAGGUGAUUGGACAGUACCCUGAUUUGGGCCGUCAUAAGAGAUUAGCUAACGACGCAUCAGCUUUGGUUGUCAUACUUAAUGACUGUUCCAUUGUUAACAAACACAGUCUAAAAUUUUGGCAAAGUUUCAUAUACUAUUGUGUUUCUAAGGACGAGUCAGAAGCAUAUACACCAAUUUUUCACAUCAUCACCUCACUACUACCAUGGCUCGUAGGGAAGAGUAUAGUAAACAAAAUGGUGCUGCACCACCAAGCUGUGAAGCUUCUUAAAUGCUUGUGUUAUCAACUCACAACCCUAAAUGAUACACAAGUGGUCUCACUGGCAAAGGAUGCAGUCAUUGAAGCAGCGAGUUUAGACAUUUCGCAAGUUAUCCUAAAUAUUGUGGAAGCAUAUCCUAUGUCGGUUUAUUUCAAGAACUCCGAUGAGCAGAAUAUACUUCACAUUGCAGUAAAGAAACGUAGCGAAAAUGUUUUUAAUCUUGUUUGUGGAACCAAUGUGGUUAGGAGUACUUUACUGAAUUUUCCGGACAUAAAUCUUAAUAGUGUUUUGCAUUUGGCUGGGAAAUUGGCACCUCCACACAAACUAAAUCUUGUUUCUGGUGCAGCUCUUCAAAUGCAACGAGAGCUUCAAUGGUUUAAGGAAGUGAAAAAAAUCUCACCAUCACGUUUCUUGUCAUAUCGGAAUAGAAAUGACAAAACUCCGAGUAUGGUCUUUACGGAGGAGCAUAAGGAGUUAAAAGAGGCAGGGGAGAAAUGGAUGAAAGACACAGCAACUUCAUGCACAAUUGCCGCAGCCCUCAUUGUUACUGUAGUCUUUGCAGCAGCCAUUACAGUUCCUGGUGGCAAUAAUGGUGGAAAUGGCCUCCCAAUCUUCUCCAACAACACUGUUUUCACAGUAUUCGCCAUCUCAAAUGCUGCAUCUCUCUUCACAUCAGCUACUUCCUUGCUCGUCUUCUUGUCCAUCCUAACUUCACGCUAUGCAGAACAAGACUUCCUAUAUGCUCUUCCCAAGAGAUUAAUCAUAGGCCUCUUCACCUUGUUUUUGUCCAUAAUAUUUAUGAUGAGUGCCUUUUCCGCCACAGUUUAUCUCGUAUUUGGACAUAACAGAAGGGGAGUUCUUAUUGUAGUGGCUGCAUUUGCAUGUUUGCCGGUCACUUCAUUUGUGCUUCUUCAAUUCCCUUUGCUGGUAGAUUUGGUGUCAUCUACGUACGGACGGGGCAUUUUCAAUCAGCGUGGCUUUCCCCAACUCCUAGUUUGACAACUUAUUAAUUACUGCUUCAUAUCUUGUAAUCCAUUUGUUGCGGGCUUUGAUUUAAAAAAGGAAAAUUAUGUUUU